UUCACUAACAGAUGAGUGUAGAGUUAGCUGAGAGAGGAACAGCAUGUAUUCGGGAUUAGUUUGUACAGUAUUACUGUAGAGAGAGAUAGAGAAGGGGAUGAGGUACAGGUAUGGGGAAUAUAUUUGGAAAAAAGAAGCGCAGUCGGGUUACAGAGCAGGACCGAGCUGUACUGCAACUGAAGCAGCAGAGAGAUAGACUGAAGCUGUAUCAGAAGAAGAUCACUCUUCAGCUAGAGAAGGAAAGGCAGCUAGCCAAGCAGCUGCUGAAGGAUGGCAAAAAAGAGAAAGCAAUACUGUUGCUUAAAAAGAAACGCUUCCAGGAACAACUUUUGGACAAAACAGAAAACCAGAUAAGCAACCUGGAGCGCAUGGUUCAGGACAUUGAGUUUGCACAGAUAGAGAUGAAGGUGAUUGAAGGACUAAAGGUGGGCAAUGACUGCUUAAAGAAAAUGCACGAGGUGCUGUCCAUCGAGGAAGUGGAACGAAUCAUGGAUGAGACCCAUGAUGCCGUUGAGUACCAGAGGCAAAUUGAUGACAUUCUGGCUGGCUCUCUGACCCAAGAGGAUGAAGAUGCUGUGCUGGCAGAGCUCGAGGCUAUCACUCAGGAAGAUGUUGAACUUCCCGAGGUGCCAGAUGAGGAGUUACCAGAGGCUCCAGAGCAAGAACCAGAACCAGAGAAGGAAAAGCCGACCAAGAAGCCGGAGAGAGAGCUGCUGGCUGUGUAGUGUUUCACCCAUGUCUCAGACUUCUGUAAAGUUGCUGUAUUCAUUUGAGCAGUUCCAUAUUGCUGUACGUGACCAGCGACUACUCAGAACCACAGCCAAACUAAACCACAAUUCAACCACACUCCCUCUAAACAAAAUGUACAGCGAAUUAAUGGUUCUCUUUGCGUUUCCAGUCCAUGGUAUAUUCUCUCUAAUGAAGAACUCAUUGUUUAAGGUGGUUUAAUCUGCUAUACUGUUAUGGUAUGUUUGUUUGUUUGUUUAUUAGGAUUUUUAACGUCAUGUUUUACACUUUGGUUACAUUCAUGACAGGAAACGGUAGUUACUCAUUACACAAGAUUCAUCAGUUCACAAGGUUAUAUCAAACACAGUCAUGGACAAUUUAGUGUCUCCAAUUCACCUCACUUGCAUGUCUUUGGACUGUGGGAGGAAACCGGAGCACCCCGAGUAAACCCACGCAGACACAGGGAGAACAUGCAAACUCCACACAGAAAGGACCCGGACCACCCCACCUGGGGAUCGAAUUCAGGACCUUCUUGCUGUGAAGCAACAGUGCUACCCACUUAGCCACCAUGCCGCCCUGUUAUGGUAUGUGUCCACAUGUCCUUUACAGUUCAGCAGGAUUCUCUGUAGAUGAACGUAGUAGACACCUGAUUCUAGGGUAAAAUCUUGAUUUUUGUGUGUGUUUACCAGUUGAAUUUUGGCUAGGGUGUUCUAAAUCGGAAGACAGCAUGCUGUGAAAAAAUUGCAAGCAGAAACUACCUACUGUAUGUCUCUAACUUCAAUGUUUUUAGCAGAUUACUUUUUUUAUUUUAAAUAUUUUUACUACUUAAUCAUAUGGAUAAUCAUUUUAAGCAACAUCGAAUAACAGAAGUUGGCCAUCUUAUUAGAAAUACAACAGAAUUCGAAAACUUGUCGCAUGAGUUGAUUUACUGGAUAUGUUUAUAUGAUGUCCUGUUAGUUAUAUAUUCCUUAAGUGGGUGGGGGGGGAUAAAAACCCUUUAUGACCUCUUAGCAAGGUAGGGAAAGGGUUCUAAUCCUGUUUAGAGUAAGCAUCUCCCUCCUUUCCACUGAGCUUUUGUAAUCUCUUCAAUUUCUAAUACUCACACAUACUGAGCAUGGCUGAGACAGUAUAGCUGUCAUGCAUUCAGGUUUCAUUUUAAUGACGUAUGUAAACCAUAUCUCUGCAUAUUGUGGAAUUUUUUUACAUGAACCGAACUGUAAUUAUAUUAAAAACCCAAAAUAAGUUUUCCAAGCAUAGGGCAGGCAGUGGAUACUGUAAGAUGUUUCAGUCUCAUGUUAGGUCAGAUCAGAUUCGUCUGGCACUUCUUUGUAGGCUUGUAGAUCUGCCUGUGUUUUUUUUUUUUUUUUUUAUUGUUUUGCAACAAUUAAAUAGUUUUUUGUUAAUCAUUUUAAA